CUGAGCUCCUCAAUGGUCAUCGUCACACACGUACUGACCCGUCUGGCUCCCGAAGCAGCCCGUUUAUAGACAUCCUCCAUCCGGAUUUCUAUUGGCCCUCUUUUUUUAUUUCGUUCCCCGCAGCUCAUGCAAGGCUGCAGCAACACCUACAUCCAAGUCUUAAUUAUCAGACAAUCAUCACUGACUGCCCGCUGUCUGCUGUUCAAAUGUUGGGAGACAAGGCUCACGGUGUGACUUUGAAGGUUAUGGAGUACACGUAUGACGACGACCUGGAAGAGCUGUGUCCUGUGUGCGGAGACAAAGUGUCUGGAUAUCACUACGGUCUGCUCACCUGCGAGAGCUGCAAGGGCUUCUUCAAGAGGACAGUGCAGAACAACAAGAGGUACACAUGUGCAGAAAAUCAGGAGUGUAAAAUUGACAAGACCCAGAGGAAGAGAUGUCCUUUCUGUCGCUUUCAAAAAUGCCUCAAUGUCGGGAUGCGGCUAGAAGCGGUGCGUGCAGAUCGCAUGCGUGGGGGGAGGAAUAAAUUUGGCCCCAUGUACAAGAGAGACAGGGCCUUGAAGCAGCAGAAGAAGGCUUUGAUACGAUCCAAUGGGUUCAAGCUGGAGAGUGCAGCCCCUCCACCAGCCUCCCCUCUGCAGACUGACUACAGCUUCACUGGCACCCUUCAUAACCUGCCCACCAUCUCCAAAAGUUUGCUCCCCUCCACUCCGAGCUCUAUCACCCCCACAGACUACGAGGCCAACCUCUAUGGACCCCCAUCCUUGGGCAUGGCCAUGCAGUCUCAUGUGCCCCUCACCGCCCAGUACCAGUACACAGCCUUUUCUGGCAGGGCCAUCAAAGCAGAGUGCCCCGACUACACCAGCUCUCCCGAGUCUUUGACAGGAUACCCUUACCCAGAAAUGUAUCCCUCAGCCUCGCCACAACCACCCAGCUUACCGCCGCUGGUGCUAGAGCUGUUGCGCUGUGAUCCAGAUGAACUGGUGGUGCAAAAUAAGAUCGUUACUCAUCUGCAGCAGGAGCAGAGCGGCCGGGGCCGGCUGGACAAGCCCAGCACCUUCAGCCUCAUGUGUCGCAUGGCCGACCAGACUCUCUUCUCCAUAGUCGAGUGGGCUCGGAGCUGCAUCUUCUUCAAGGAACUGAGGGUGGGAGAUCAAAUGAAGCUGCUCCAUAACUGCUGGUCUGAACUUCUGGUCCUGGAUCACAUUUUCAGACAAGUGCAACAUGGAAAGGAAGACAGUAUCCUGCUGGUGACUGGCCAGGAGGUGGAGCUGUCAUCCAUCUUGUCCGAAGCUGAGGCGACUCUGUCCAGUUUGGUCCAGAGAGGUCAGGAGCUGGCAGCGAGGCUGAGGGCUUUGCAGGUUGACCGCAGAGAGAUUGCCUGUCUGAAAUUCCUUCUCCUGUUCAACCCCAAUGUAAAGCUGCUAGAGAACCAGGCCUUUGUGGAGGGCGUCCAGGAGCAGGUGAACGGUGCUCUGCUGGAGUACACCCUGUCCACCUACCCUCAGUUCCAGGAGAAGUUCAGCCAGCUGGUGGUGCGACUGCCAGAACUGCGAUCCCUCAGCACGCAGGCCGAAGACUACCUGUGCUACAUGCAUCUGAGCGGAGAGGUGCCGUGCAACAACCUGCUGAUCGAGAUGCUGCAUGCUAAGAGAGCAUGUGUGUGAGGGAUGCACACGGGAUGCUCCGCCGCCAUGUGUUGUUUGUCUAGGUGAGACUAUGAGUGUGGAAGCGAAAGUGCGAGCGAGAUGGAAAAAUCAAAUGAAGAUAGAUAGUUUCUUGCUGGGCCGUCUCUGUGUGAGCUUUGUUAGAGUUUGGAAUUAUUCAACUCAAUCCGUACUCAAGGUAGUUUUGAGAUUUUGAAUGUCAGUGUUUUCAUAUCCUGCAAAACUACAUUAAUGUGACCUUUAUAAACUGGAUUUUCUACCCUGUUUUCAAACAUCUAAAACUCGAUUUGCCUGUACAUUACAUUAUGUCCUUUUUGACCAAAUAUAACAUGAAUCCAAAAUCCCAGGCAAGGUUUUCUACAUGUCAGAGCUGCCUAGAUAACAUUUUGACUCCAGCCUGCACCGGUGUUGAAUAGCCAUUUAAACAUGGCGUCCUGAUGAAUGUCAUUUGUAACUACCUGCUUCAUUUUGUACCAUUCACACCUGUGAGAUAUCACUACAAAACAGUUACUAAUGUCACUUUGACACAAUUUUUAGUGUGAUUUCAGUGCUGGAGUGGCCUGAUGGUGGCGUCACAUCACAGAAUGGGACUAUUUGCUGGGUGGGCCAGUGUGCACUUUUUAAAACAGAUUUUGUAGCCUCUUUUCAGAAUCAGAUUUUAGAAUUAAAAUGAGCCAUUUUUGAUCCAAGUGUGAAAUGCAACAAUGACCCUAGAUUAUUAAUAAUAUUACUAUUAUUAUUUUUGGAUGAAAACACAGACCAGACUAGCACUGCUCGUAUCACAGCACUUGUUCUUUCUGUGUCCAGCCCUACAGAAAACCUAAAUGUGAAAGCUUUAUGAGGUUCAGUGAAUUUUUAAAAUCUAUUUAAAUGUUAAUAUAUUGAUAUAUCAAAGCCAGAAUUGUUAAGAAAAACACAUUCUUAUGCAGUUGUUCUUUUAACGCUUUUUAAACCAAGAAAGUAAACAAUAAGAAAGAGAAAAACUGUUCCCAGCAAUGCUUUGUGGGUGAAAAAUUAAAAAGGAAGCCAGACACAUCAGUGCAGUGCAAAUGAUAAGGGACACAUUUUUCUUUUUUUAAGUAAACACGUGCAAAGCAAAAGGAAGCAUUUGCAAUGUUUGUCCUUCAGUUUUCGCUGAGUCUGUGACACAGGCAGGGAGAAGGAGCAUCUGCCCACAUUUGGUUUCAUGCUUCUUUGUCAAAUUUUAUUUAUUUAUUAAUGUUAUUUUUUAAUAGUUGACUGUUCAAGAAAAUGAUAGACCUUCAUAAAUGAUGGUGCCAUGUGCACAAUCCCAUUUGUGUCACUUUUCAUCACACUGUGCUGUAUGUGGACUGGGGAUCGACACUGACACGAAAUGAAUGAAAUGACAUUUUUUCUUGACAACAUAAAAAAGUCAAGGGCACCAAAAAUGACCAAAUAUGAGUUUGUUUCUCAGUACCUUGUUACUCUUGUGGGAUUCUCAGCCAGGCCUGUUGCUAAAGAUUGAAUAGAUAAAUCUGCAUGCAAUUCAUUGUCACCCUUUAGUUUUAAACUCAACCAGCUGCAUUAUUGUGUUUGUGAGGACUGUUUUCAUCAGUAGAUUAGUCCAUGUUUGGUGCCCUAGUCAGUAUUUAUGGCAGCAGUAACAUGCACUGUUAAGCCAGUUUGCCCGUUAAUGAGGCUGCUGGUCUGAAUGUUUCUUGUCCUGAGUUCGGGCUAUUAAAAGUAAAAAUGUAACAGAUAGUUCAGGAGAUUAAGUCUCUAUUCUCCUACCUUACUGAGUAUUGUGAGUUGCCUAAACACAACCAUGAAGACAGGAAUCGUGUUUGAAUUGCCCCAAGCAAAUAUUUAGGUAAAACAAAUGCAUAGAUUGUUUUGCACAUAUUUUGUGAUUUUGCAAAUACAUUUUUUAAAAAUACAAUUUCUUUGAAAAUGUAUGCUGCAAACUAGUAGCAUAUGAUCCAUCAGAAGUUAUGUUAAAUUCUGUUUGGAAGAGGAAAUUAUGUUUUUAGUGUUUCCCAAUCAAUCAGUGAUGAAUUCAUCCAACAUAGCAGUCGGUGGCUUACAACAGCCUGUAUAGUUGACUCAACGUCCUCCACAGUUGUUGCUUUGUGGGCAUUUUUCUGUUGCUGUUUUUCACAGAUGUCAUUACGCAGCUAGCGUGCUAUGAAGGACGACGUUUGGUCAACAGACCAGCAGAAUAGGGAACCAUGUGCACAAUAUCAGUCUUUUUGGGAUCAUUUUAUGAAUGAGAGAUGGGUGUAAAGAUUCAGAGGUAGGCGAGACUGUAGCUAGUACACAUAAUGAUUAUUAUCACUUCAUGAAUAAUUUAAUAAAUUAACAGGUUAGCGUUUAAUCCAGAAUUUAGUUCUGCAGGUAUGACAUUACAGCUCACUGUAACUCUGCACUGGUAGGAAUGAGAAGUGAAUACAUUUAAACAGAUCAGACAACCACUGGACAAUCAUCGGACCCAUUCACAGUAACAGAAACCUGAAGUGUUGGUAAAGACGCUGCACUGUGGAUCUGUAGCAUCAUCUAUAACACUCAUGUGUUGAGUCCCUUAUUGGGCUCCUUUUUUUUUGUUUGUUUUUUUUAAAGAACACAAUUCUCAGUGGUACAACACUGUCUCCACGACCGAGUUAAAACAGAGACACAGACAUAGCAGUGUUUGUAAAAUUGUGCAGCUCAACUCCUUCACUGUGGCUGUUUCAAAUCAUUCCUUGUUCGCCAUUUCAAGGUGUCGUAGACAAUCACUCCGCCUGCCUUAACUCAGUGUCUGCCUGAACGACCACACACACGCACACACACACACACACACACACACACACACACACACACACACACGCACACACACACACACACGCACACACACACACACACACGCACACGCACAUGCACACACACCUUGGUUUUCCCGUUGAAACAGCUGUGUGUUUUCACUCUGUACAGUAUAUUUAUGUUGUGAAGUGAAUAUCUACUGCAAGAUGAAGAUACAUUUCAACACAGAAAAGUUCUCUGCUUUAUGUUGAGGUCAAAUUGCUUCUGUUGUGGAACUGAUUCUCUUAAUAUUGCUUUCUUUGUUUUUGUUCUUAGUUAACUCUUUACUUUCUGUGAGUUGACAGUCUGUCCCGUCUUAAACUGAAGUGCUUUUCUCCCAAAAGAGAGAGUGACUAAAACAUUUUGUUUUCUUUAAAUAUACUUUAUUGUAAUAGCAUCAAACCAAUAAAAUUCAGCAAAGUAAAGCUCCA